CGAUUCCCCUCCUGCCGCUUUGAUUUCGGGCACCUCCAACAGAUAAUUGGGAAGGGUUUCCAGAAGGUGGGAAAUGUCACCUGAUUCACACUGAACUUUUAAAAGCUCCCCACCCCCAAGGAGCCGCGCACACCCUCGCUUGCGGCCGCCCUCCCACUGCCCCACACACUGGGAGACCGCCCACCGCAAACCGCUGAGACCCCCGUCUAGAUUUAAAGCGCGGCUGCGCCCGGCUUCUGACGUCCAUUGAAUCGCGCGGGCGGCCGGCGGCGAGCGCGGGGCUGCGCCGGGAUCGCUGCGCCCUCCGCCGCUCGCCUCUGCGACGCGCGCCGCUCCCCCGAGCCACCCGUUGCCGCGUCCGCUCUCCACGCCGCCGCGCUCUUCGCCCCGCGCCUGCCCCCAGGAUGGUCCGUCCCAGGCACCAGCCCGGCGGGCUUUGCCUCCUGCUGCUGCUGCUCUGCCAGUUCAUGGAGGACCGCAGCGCCCAGGCUGGGAAUUGCUGGCUCCGCCAGGCGAAAAACGGCCGCUGCCAGGUCCUGUACAAGACAGAACUGAGCAAGGAGGAGUGCUGCAGCACCGGCCGCCUGAGCACUUCGUGGACUGAGGAGGAUGUAAAUGACAACACGCUGUUCAAGUGGAUGAUUUUCAACGGGGGCGCCCCCAACUGCAUCCCCUGUAAAGAAACAUGCGAGAACGUGGACUGUGGACCCGGGAAAAAAUGCCGAAUGAACAAGAAGAACAAACCUCGCUGCGUCUGUGCCCCAGAUUGCUCCAAUAUCACUUGGAAAGGUCCAGUCUGUGGGCUGGAUGGGAAAACCUACCGCAAUGAAUGUGCACUCCUCAAGGCCAGAUGUAAAGAGCAGCCGGAAUUAGAAGUCCAGUACCAGGGCAAAUGUAAAAAGACCUGCCGGGAUGUUUUCUGUCCAGGCAGCUCCACAUGUGUGGUGGACCAGACUAAUAAUGCUUACUGUGUGACAUGUAACCGGAUUUGCCCGGAGCCCACCUCCUCUGAACAGUAUCUCUGUGGGAAUGAUGGAGUGACCUAUUCCAGUGCCUGUCAUCUGAGAAAGGCUACCUGCCUACUGGGCAGAUCCAUUGGAUUAGCCUAUGAGGGAAAGUGUAUCAAAGCAAAGUCCUGUGAAGAUAUCCAGUGCACUGGUGGAAAAAAGUGUUUAUGGGAUUUCAAGGUUGGCAGAGGCCGGUGUUCCCUCUGCGAUGAGCUGUGCCCUGAGAGUAAGUCUGAGGAGCCUGUCUGUGCCAGUGACAAUGCCACUUAUGCCAGCGAGUGUGCCAUGAAGGAAGCUGCCUGCUCCUCAGGUGUGCUGCUGGAAGUAAAGCACUCCGGAUCUUGUAACUCCAUUUCGGAAGACACCGAGGAAGAGGAAGAAGAUGAAGACCAGGACUACAGCUUUCCUAUAUCUUCCAUUCUAGAGUGGUAACCCCUCCACCAAUGUUCAGUGUUCACAUGGCCUUUGGGCAAAAA